AUGAAGGUAUCAAAUGAACGUAGAUCCAAAGACGCUAUUUUUGCUGAAGCCGCUAUUUUAGCGUUUUGCUACAAUAGAGUUAUUAGAAUAUAUGUAGCCGCUAUUUUAGCGCUUUGCUACAAUAGAGUUAUUAGAAUAUAUGUAGCCGCUAUUUUAGCUUUUUCCUACAAUAGAGUUAUUAGAAUAUAUGUAGCCGCUAUUUUAGCGUUUUGCUACAAUAGAGUUAUUAGAAUAUAUGUAGCCGCUAUUUUAGCGUUUUGCUACAAUAGAGUUAUUAGAAUAUAUGUAGCCGCUAUUUUAGCGCUUUGCUACAAUAGAGUUAUUAGAAUAGCUGUAGCCGCUAUUUUAGCGUUUUGCUACAAUAGAGUUAUUAGAAUAUAUGUAGCCGCUAUUUUAGCGUUUUGCUACAAUAGAGUUAUUAGAAUAUAUGUAGCCGCUAUUUUAGCGUUUUGCUACAAUAGAGUUAUUAGAAUAGCUGUAGCCGCUAUUUUAGCGUUUUGCUACAAUAGAGUUAUUAGAAAAUAUGUAGCCGCUAUUUUAGCGUUUUGCUACAAUAGAGUUAUUAGAAUAUAUGUAGCCGCUAUUUUAGCGUUUUGCUACAAUAGAGUUAUUAGAAAAUAUGUAGCCGCUAUUUUAGCGUUUUGCUACAAUAGAGUUAUUAGAAUAUAUGUAGCCGCUAUUUUAGCGUUUUGCUACAAUAGAGUUAUUAGAAUAUAUGUAGCCGCUAUUUUAGCGUUUUGCUACAAUAGAGUUAUUAGAAUAGCUGUAGCCGCUAUUUUAGCGUUUUGCUACAAUAGAGUUAUUAGAAAAUAUGUAGCCGCUAUUUUAGCGUUUUGCUACAAUAGAGUUAUUAGAAUAUAUGUAGCCGCUAUUUUAGCGCUUUGCUACAAUAGAGUUAUUAGAAUAGCUGUAGCCGCUAUUUUAGCGCUUUGCUACAAUAGAGUUAUUAGAAUAUAUGUAGCCGCUAUUUUAGCGCUUUGCUACAAUAGAGUUAUUAGAAUAUCUGUAGCCGCUAUUUUAGCGUUUUGCUACAAUAGAGUUAUUAGAAUAUAUGUAGCCGCUAUUUUAGCGUUUUGCUACAAUAGAGUUAUUAGAAUAGCUGUAGCCGCUAUUUUAGCGCUUUGCUACAAUAGAGUUAUUAGAAUAUAUGUAGCCGCUAUUUUAGCGCUUUGCUACAAUAGAGUUAUUAGAAUAGCUGUAGCCGCUAUUUUAGCGUUUUGCUACAAUAGAGUUAUUAAAAUAGCUGUAGCCGCUAUUUUAGCGCUUUGCUACAAUAGAGUUAUUAGAAUAUAUGUAGCCGCUAUUUUAGCGUUUUGCUACAAUAGAGUUAUUAGAAUAUAUGUUGCCGCUAUUUUAGCGCUUUGCUACAAUAGAGUUAUUAGAAUAUAUGUAGCCGCUAUUUUAGCGUUUUGCUACAAUAGAGUUAUUAGAAUAUAUGUAGCCGCUAUUUUAGCGCUUUGCUACAAUAGAGUUAUUAGAAUAUAUGUAGCCGCUAUUUUAGCGUUUUGCUACAAUAGAGUUAUUAGAAUAUAUGUAGCCGCUAUUUUAGCGUUUUGCUACAAUAGAGUUAUUAGAAUAUAUGUAGCCGCUAUUUUAGCGUUUUGCUACAAUAGAGUUAUUAGAAUAGCUGUAGCCGCUAUUUUAGCGCUUUGCUACAAUAGAGUUAUUAGAAUAUAUGUAGCCGCUAUUUUAGCGUUUUGCUACAAUAGAGAUAUUAGAAUAUAUGUAGCCGCUAUUUUAGCGUUUUAA